AUGGAGCGUCUGAAGUACGCCAUGCGGUUGCGAUUGGCCAUGACAGAACCCUAUGCGCACAAGUGGCCAGAGGCACUCGUUGCAAUGAAAAUGUCCCCUCAUUACAUUCAAAGCCUGCUGGGAGCCCUACACACUGACAUCAAUGAAAUUUCCUACUACGCUGGGAAUGACGCGACCAAUUUUGACUGGUACACGGGGCGAACGGCGCUCUCCACUGUGUACACCGCAACCGAGAUGUUCAUGACCCAGGACAGAUCUCCUCACUUUGAAGCGACUUAUCAAUUUCUCGAUCAGCGCCUGGAUGAUUUGUCGAAAGUUCAGAACACUACACAACAGGUAUUCGGGUUUUCUAUGCACGCUGUGUCGAGUGAGUUCGGAUACAUAUACCUAUCUGCGCUAUCGCUUACUUAA